AUGUCGGAUUAUCCCUAUGAUCCUCGAGCGGCUCCGCAGCGCCCACGCGGCUACCCCGAAGCGAACAACCACCAGCGAGAUGCCGCCUUCUCCAACAUCUUCGGCGCUGCUCCUCCGCCCGGCCGAUCCCAGACCAUGACCUCGUCGAGCGCGUACCCGGGCAUGAUGGACCCGGGCAGGACCCAGACCAUGUCGUCGAUGGGCGGCCCGGGCCAGCAUCGCCCGCCGCCUCCCCGAGCGCCGCCGCAAGGCCCGCCGCAGGGCUACCAUGGUUACAGCGAUCGCGAUCCCAUGGCGGGAAGGAGUCGGCCGGCAGACCCCAACGGCUACUAUCCUUCUCAGCGCUCGGCAUCCGGGGGACAGGUGCCUUCUCCACAGGCGCAGUACAUGCAACAACAGCAGCAGCAACACCCGCAGGCCCGGCGUCCCUACACGGGCGCCGGCAACCCGCCGCCGCGAUUUGAGUCUCGCGGCCCGCCUCCGCAGGCUGCCGGGGCCAGAUAUCAGCAGCAGCCACAACAGCAGAGGCCGUACCCCGGGGGGCCUGGUCCUGCGCCGGCCUUGAACAGCGAUCCGUAUCGCUCGCAGUCUCUCGCCUCCGCGCCGCGCCCGCAAAUGUAUCACCCACCCCCGAGCUCGUAUCAGCAGCAGUCUCCCGCGAAUCACUUCCGACAUGCGCAGUACAGUCAUCAAAACUCGGCCAGGACCACGGCUCAGGGCAGGGUGGUCCCAGAGCGGCACGAGGACCGCUCCAUGUCCAUGACGGGUGGCUAUCACCCGCAGGACAGGGACGCCCAUCAGACGAUGAGCGGCCGCGUCAUUCCGAAUCGGCGGGCUCCCGCCGAGCUCCCAGUGUCCAACGGCUACCCGGCGCAGAAUGGGUAUCCGAGCGCGCCUGGCUCGCAGACGCGUACGACGAGCAUGUCGUCGUCCACCGCCGGCCCCAACCACUCCAGGACCAUGUCGAUGGCAUCGAGCAUCGCACCAACGAUAACACCAUCCGAGUCGGAUUCCUCCACCCUCGUUCAGCGCCCGUCCCGGAGCAAGUCCGUCGAGAGCGACCGCCCUGCCACUGCCACAAAGAUUCGCCCGCCUCUCGUAUACCCGGCACUCCUCUCCAGAGUCGCAGAGUGCUUCCGAAGAAAGAUCAUCAUCGGCGACCGAACGAAGAACGAGCUUACAUACAAGAAUGCCUUUAGCGGCUCUGAGGCCGUUGAUGUCCUGUCGUACAUCAUCAGGACGACGGACCGAAACCUGGCGCUGCUGCUGGGCCGAGCCCUCGACGCGCAAAAAUUCUUCCACGAUGUGACGUACGAGCACCGGCUGCGAGACUCGCAGUCAGAAAUGUACCAGCUCAGGGAGACAUUGAUGGACGAGCCUGAUGACAAGUCUCCCGUCAACGGCGUCUUCGUGCUGCUCUCAGAGUGCUACUCCCCGACCUGCACGCGCGACCAGCUCUGCUACUCCAUCGCCUGCCCGCGGCGCCUGGAGCAGGUAUCCAGGCUCAACCUCAAGAUGGGCCCCGGCCUGCGCAAGGAAGACUCGGCCAACGUCAACGACGACGAGGUCGACCAGACGGACGAGCAGAAGCUCUGGAUCAACUCGGUGCCAAAGGAGAUUGCCGACGCCGUCACCGAGCGGGAGAAGAAGAGGCAAGAAGUCAUUUCGGAGAUUUGCUACACCGAGAGAGACUUCGUCAAGGACCUCGAGUAUCUUCGCGACUUUUGGAUCCUGCCUCUGCGGUCCAAGGCGUCGCCUAUCCCCCUUCAACGGCGCGAGAGGGUCGUCAAGAACAUCUUCAGCAACAUUGUCGACCACCCCAGCAUCCACACCGUCAGCUCGCGGUUCGCAACGUCGUUGACGGGCCGCCAGCAAAAGGACCCCAUCGUCCACAACAUUGGCGACAUCUUCCUCGAGUUCGUGCCGCAGUUCGAGCCUUUCAUCUACUACGGCUCGAGGCAGUUGGAGGGCAAGUUCGAGUUUGAGAACGAGCGGUCUAGCAACCCGCAGUUCGCCAAGUUCGUCGACGAGAUUGAGCGGCGCAAGGAGUCGAGGAAGCUGGAGCUCAACGGCUACCUCACCAAGCCCACCACCCGUCUCGCCCGUUACCCGCUGCUGCUUGAGAACGUGCUCAAGUACACCGAGGGCGACAAUCCCGACAAGGAGGAUAUCCCCAAGGUGCUGACGGUGAUCCGAGACCUGCUCGGCCGGGUCAACGCCGAGUCUGGCAAGGCCGAGAACAGGUUCAACCUGAGGCGCCUGCAUGAACAGCUGCGGUUCCGGCCUAACGAGCGGGUCGAUCUCAAGCUCACCGAGGAGGGUCGCGAGCUCGUCUUCAAGAGCCAGCUCAAGAAGUCGCCCACGGAUCCGACGGAAAUCACGGCUUUCCUCUUCGACCACGCCGUCCUCCUCGUGCGCAUCAAGCAGACCGGCAAGACUGAAGAGAUCAAGGCGUACCGCCGGCCCAUCCCCCUCGAACUCCUCUCUAUCCGAGAAAUGGACGAAGUCAUCCCCAUCCAGGGUAUCAAGCGGUCGUCGUCCAGCCUGAUUCCCUCCAUCCGGACGAACACGAGCGACGCCAAGAAGGGAGAAGGAUGGCCGAUCACGUUCCGCCAUCUGGGCAAGGCCGGCUAUGAGCUGAUGCUCUUCGCCGCCAACCAAGCCGCGCGCAAGAAGUGGCUCGAGUUCAUCGACAACGCGCAGCAGCGUCUCCGUUCUCGCGCCGACUUUUUCAACACAACCGUCAUCUCCAGCAACUUUUUCGUUGGCACCAACCAGAUCAACUGUGUCACGCCGUUCGAUGGCGGGCGCAAGCUUCUCUUCGGCACCGACAACGGCAUCUACCUCGCGGAUCGCAAGAACCGAGAGCAGGUCCCGAGGAGAGUGCUGGAGACAACAAACGUCACACAGAUCGACAUCUUGGAGGAGUACCAGCUGCUGCUCGUGCUGUCGAACAAGACGCUGCAGUCGUACUCGUUGUCAGCGCUGAACCCAGACGAGCCGGCUCUCGCCAAGCGGCCGAAGAAGAUCCAGAACCACUGCAGCUUCUUCAAGACGGGCAUCUGCCUGGGCAGGCACCUCGUCUGCUGCGUCAAGUCGUCUGCGCUGUCGACCACCAUCAAGGUGUUUGAGCCCAACGACGCCAUGACCAAGGCGAAGAAGCAGAAGGGUCUGGGCAAGUUCAUGGCCGGCGGCCAGGACGAGCUGCGGCCGUUCAAGGAGUUUUACAUCCCUACAGAGUCCUCUUCCGUGCACUUCCUCAAGUCUAAGCUGUGCGUUGCGUGCGCGAGAGGCUUCGAGGUCGUCUCGCUCGAGACGCUGGAGACGCAGUCGCUCCUGGACCAGGCAGACACGUCGCUCGACUUUGUAGCGCGCAAGGAGGGCGUCCGGCCGAUCCACAUAGAACGUCUCAACGGCGAGUUCCUCCUCAACUACUCCGAGUUUUCGUUCUUCGUCAACAGGAACGGCUGGCGAGCCCGGCCGGAGUGGCGGAUCGAUUGGGAGGGCACACCCCAGAGCUUCGCCCUCAGCUACCCCUGGAUCCUGGCCUUUGAGCCCAACUUUAUCGAGCUGCGCAACAUUGAGAACGGCGCGGUGCAUAUCGUGCCCCAUAAGAACAUUCGCAUGCUUCACAGCAGCACCCAUGAGAUUUUGUUUGCAUACGAGGACGAGCGAGGAGAAGACGUCGUCGAGGCCAUCGACUUUUGGAAGAACACGCGCAAGUCGGAACUGCUCCCCGGCUCCAUCUCGUCUCCCCAGCUCAGCAAUCCGUCAUCGCCACGGUAG